UCCCUCCUGUUUCCCUCAGCCCUCAAACGAAUCUGAGCUCUCGGAGGUUCACAAUGGAGCGGAGGAGUGGACCUUCACCUGUAGAUAUUUGACAUUUAUACCUGUAUUUUAGGACCUUUAGAAUAAAAACAAUGACAUUUACGCAUUCUACACUUCUGAAGUAGAUGCCCUGCUGCGCACAGGAUCAUUCUUAGCAGCGCAGCCGCCGGAAACAACUUCGUUUUUGUUAAAAGGCUCGUUAUUAAUUGAAUUAACUGACUGAUUAGAUUUUUAUUUGGAGGGCGGAUGCCGCCCUGCGCUGCGGUUUAACGGGAGGACCCCAGGCGGUGCUGCAUGGAGGGAUGUCGGCAUGGCUUGCACCAGGAGAACCAAAACUUUGGUGUCCACAUGCGUGAUCCUGAGCGCCAUGACCAACAUCGUUUGCCUGCUCUAUGUUGGAUGGGUUACUAACUACAUCGCCAAUAUCUACAUUAAGGUCCCCAUGCCGUUACCGGAGGCAAAGUUAGAGGGGGACAAAAGAGGAGACACGCUCCGGAUCAUGGAGCGGCUGGAUCGUCUGGAGAAUGUGGUGAACCAGCACAUACAAGAGACACCGGGGCGUGGUGAAGACGGCCAGCCGGACACAUCAUUCUCUGACUCAUCGCUGUUCGCUCACUGGGGUCAGGAGCUCAGUCCCGACAACCGGCGAGUGGCGCUGAAGAUGUUCCAGUACUACGGAUAUAAUGCCUACCUCAGCAAUCGUCUCUCUUUAAGUCGGCCAAUACCCGACCUCAGGCCUGAUGGGUGCAGAAACAUUUCUUAUCCUCUGAACCUCCCUCAAGUGAGCAUUGUGUUCAUUUUUGUGAACGAAGCCUUGUCUGUCAUCCUGCGGUCCAUAAACUCUGCCAUCAACAGGACACCUUCCCACCUUCUUAAAGAGAUAAUCCUGGUAGACGACAACAGCAGUAACGAUGAGCUUAAGGAGAAACUGCAAGAUUUUGUUUUGGAGACGAACGGCCAGCGUCCAGGAUUCAUUAAGGUGGUGCGGCACGCCAAGCAGGAGGGUUUGAUCCGGUCCAGAGUGAGCGGAUGGAGGGUUGCCACUGCCCCGGUUGUCGCCCUGUUUGAUGCCCAUGUUGAAUUUAAUGUCGGCUGGGCUGAGCCGAUUCUGCAGAGAAUUAAGGAGGACAGAACUCGCAUAAUAUCCCCAUCAUUUGACAACAUCAAAUAUGACACGUUUGAGAUUGAAGAGUACCCGCUGUCUGCUCAGGGCUUUGACUGGGAGCUGUGGUGCCGCUACCUCAAUCCCCCCAAGUCCUGGUGGCACAAGGGCAACAAAAGUUCACCCAUUCAGAGCCCGGCUCUGAUUGGCUGCUUCGUGGUGGACAGGCUCUACUUUGAGGAGAUUGGUCUGCUGGAUGAAGGCAUGGAGGUGUACGGGGGAGAAAAUGUGGAACUGGGCAUCCGGGUGUGGCAGUGUGGAGGCAGCGUUGAGGUCCUUCCUUGCGCUCGAAUCGCCCACAUUGAGCGCGCUCAUAAGCCCUACACUGAGGAUCUGACGUCUCACGUGCGGCGAAACGCCCUCAGAGUGGCAGAAGUUUGGAUGGAUGAGUUCAAAAGCCACGUCUACAUGGCUUGGAAUAUUCCCAUGGAGGACUCGGGGAUCGAUAUCGGUGACAUCUCUGAGAGGAAGGCUCUGAGGAAAAGGCUGCAGUGCAAAACUUUCCGUUGGUACCUGGUGAACAUCUACUCUGAGAUGAGGAUGUACAGCGACACCAUCGCAUACGGAGUGUUGAAGAACUCUCUAAAGAGCGACCUCUGCCUGGACCAGGGCCCAGACAACGACAACGUUCCCAUCCUGUAUCUUUGCCAUGGGAUGACACCUCAGAAUGUGUACUACACCAGUACCCAGCAGUUCCACAUCGGGCUCCUCAGUCCCACCGUCGACGACGACGACAACAAGUGCCUGGUGGACGUGAACGGCAGGCCACGCCUCAUCGAGUGUAGCUACGCUAAUGCCAAACGCAUGAAGAUCCACUGGCUUUUUACUCAGGGAGGAUCCAUUCAAAACAGAAAAUCAAAGAGAUGCCUAGAGCUUGUAGUGAGCAGCGACAAUGAGUUUGGCUUCCAACUAGCUCUGCAGAAAUGCACUGGACAGAAAUGGUUCAUCACAAAUGUGCUGUUUAGCAGCUCCCUGUGAGGGGAAGAGAAACACCAGAGUGUGUGUUUGUGUGUGUAAGAAGCAGGAGAAUGAUGCAUGGUUGAACAAAUUCAUUGUGAGCGACACGGCGUGCUCAAGUGAGUGAUCAACAUCCCGUUCUAAAUGUUAAACAUUUUAUUUCACCAGUCGGAUCAGCCAUAGAUUGCACAUACUUUGCAGACUUGACAAGAUAGAAUACGAAGUAUAUUUUGUAGUAAAUUACAUUCAGACUUUUGUUGACUCAAAAACAAAUGUAAUGGGUUUGAUUUUGUGUGUGUGUUUUGUUAAAAUUUGCUACCAUGUAGCAAACUCCCUCUGCUGUAAAUAUUUGAUUUUAGUGUCUCAGGUUUGUAGGUUUUAUUACACGAUUCAGCUGUACAGUUGUGAGAAAUGUUGGAAAUGAUUAAAAAAGGAUAUUUUAUAGAUGUACAUUGUUUUUCAAAUAUUUAUAACGUAAGCUAGAGGAUAACUUAUGUAAACAACUGGGUACAAGUGCCUUUUAUAUUUGCUGCCAAAGGCACAAUCAUUGUCAGACACCCUCCCCCCUUCUGAAAUAAAAACAACUGAAAAACAAAUUCA